AUUAUAUUGAAUGCUUCUAUUCUUUCUCUAUUGAUUUAUUCUCUUAAUGUUGGCAGUUUUAUGGGAAUUGACAUCUUUUAUGAUGAGUACUUUUUCUAAGAAAAAAGACGUGUAUAUUCCAGAUUCAGAGGGAGAAGAGGAUUCAUUUUAUUUAGGAACAAUGCAUUAUAAUAAUGUUUAUUCACAUAUGUUAAAUAGUAAAAAUAUGUAUAAUGAGAUGAAGACAGACACUGUAGAUGCUAUUAUAGAUACAGAGAUCAAGAAUUCAUCUAUUGUUGAUGAUAAGGACAUUAUUUUAGAGGGAAUAAAGUGCAAAAAUGACAAUAAAGAAGGUGUUUCUAGAAAAGAUAUAAAAUAUAGAAAUUUUGAAAGACCAUUAUCACCUUUAUUUGAUGAAAAUAGGUUAAAAAAUAUGAAUUCAUAUAGAAAUAUGUAUCCUAUAGUAAAUAGAGAUGAAAGUGAUGAUGAAAUACAGUUAUUUGGAAAUUCAGGUCAAAAUAAAAUUGAUAUGAAUAAAGAUACAGAAAAGGAAUCUAUAAUAUCAUUAGAAGAAGAGAUUUGUAAUAAAGAUGAUCAAAUAAAUCGAUUAUAUCAAGAAGAAAAGCCAGAAAUUCAAUUGCUUUCUCUUGCAGCAUGUAUCAAUGUAGAAUCAUUGGAUGAAAACGAAUAUCAAUGCACUAGUAAUAAAAAUAAAUCAAUUCUAUCUAAAGAGGAUGAAAUUGAAUCUAAUUUAAAACAUUCGUUGCCUAAAGAAACUAAAGCAAAGAAAUUAAGGAGGAGUAAAACGGCAAAAGAUGUUUCAAAAGGAAAUAAAAACAUAAAAACAAAGAGAUAUCCAUCUUUUGAUUCGUAUGAGGAUAAUACGAUUGUUGUAAAUGAUACAUCGCUUCAUGAAAAUAGUGAAUUUGAAAAUCAAUUAUUUAAAACGGUUCCUGAUGAAAAUACUUUAGAAAUUAAUGAUUCUAUUCAGGUUGAGGAUUCUAAUUGUCAUUCUUUAGGCUUUGAAGCAGAAAAACUGAGUCCUUUUAAAGACAAUUCUGCGCAAGCUGAAUUAAUUAUUUCAGAAAAGUCUAAAUACAAAGUUGAAAACUUAAAAAAACCUGAAGAAAAUAUUGAAUUGAAUCCUAAAAAAAGUCCAAAAAUAUUACGAUCUUAUGAAUCAAAUUUGUUAUCAAAGAUAGAAGAGGUGAAAAAAAAUGAUAUAGAAAAUGCAGAUAUAGAUGUAUUAAAUUCUGGAAAUAAAAUAGAGGAUUGUUCAAAAUUUAAUAAUGAAAAACCAAUAACAUCUACUGAAAUACCUCAUAUAACAGAUUCACCUACUUUCUCGGGAAAUUUGCCAGUAUUAAAAGAAUCUUCUCGGAAAAAUGUUACAACAAGGCCAUGUUAUCGUGUUGGACUUUCUAAGAAGGCAAAAAUAGAAUCUUUACAUUCCUAUCUUAAAAGGUAAAUGUUAUGGAUUCAUAGAAAAUAUAUGAUUUAUAAAGAUAAGUAU